CUCUCCUCUCCAUUCCCCACACAGCAAUCAACUGCGUUUUCCUCUCCCCAUCCAUUUCUCUCCUCCGUCUCCCCACUCCAGUUGCCAUCUCCGUCAAUGGCCACCGAGGUCCUCCGCCCGCACAACAUCCUGCCGUCGCAGCCCCAGAGGAUCAGGACCACGCACCGGAAGCCCAGCGCCAGGAAGUCUCCUCCUCCUCCGGCGGCAGCUUCUCCAACAGCCGGACGUAGAAACCAUGGAAGGCGCCCCGCGGUGGAACUGUACGCCGGUCCGGCCUUCUCCGGCGCGUCCCCCGAGCCGAGCUCGCUGCCGCUCCCGCAGUUCCCGUUCCAGAAGGCCGUGGCGCCCGCGGUCAACGACGCCGCCACGCGCGACCUCAGGCGCAUGCUGCGCCUCGAGUAGGAUCGAGCUAGCCCGUGUACAUGCCAGCAUGUGGGAACGAGCUGCCUGUUAGUUUAGUUCUAGCUGACCUCGUCGUUGGGUGGUGCGGGUGCGGCCGCGCGCGGCAAGGCCUCCGGCCCGGUUUUAUUGUGUGCCCGGCGGUAGGGCGCGCGCAGGCAGUCGGCUCCGGCGACGGCGGUUUGUAGUGAGCGCAGCAGCAGCAGGUGACCAUCGACCGGCAAGAUGUAAUUCCACCUAGUUAAUCCCCUUUGUCUCUAGUAGUUAGCACGCAAAUGGCUAAUCGGGGCAGUAUAUAUUCAAUUUAUUUAUGUUUCCUGGUGAUUAAAAAAGUUUAUGUGUCAUGAUCAUAUGAAUCAGUCAAAUCCAAGAUAAUGUCGAUUCUAAUCAUUCACACCAA